AUGCAGCAUUUCCGCACCCUCCUCGACAUGCGUUUGCCGGGACACGUUACGCCGACAGAGGCACGAUGCAGACGCUUCGCAUCGACGAGACAUCGACGAGAUGUUCCAAAACCUCGGGAUCCACCGACUCAUGUUCCAGCAGUACGAGUCUUACCGGAAGGCGACUUGCCUUUUCCUUGCCACCUCGAGCACGACCUGCGACCCGAGCAGACCACACCCGACGGCAGUGACGGGUACAUCACGUUCUGGGCCACCGGACGACGCCAUUACCUCUCAUACAGAGACAUCGACCGAGUUCUUUUUCUGCCAUCCGGCAACCGUCUAGGCCUCGACGUCGACCGCGACGAGAUGCCCUCACUUUGGGGGACGAUCGCGUUUGGGGAUUACUUCUCCUCAAGCGCGAAGUCCGCUCAGAUCAGGAGCCCGCCGGUCCGCUACUUCCACAAGGCGAUCGCCAACACGCUCUUUUCCCGACAGGCCACCGGGAACGUCACAGAGACAGAGAUGGCCAUGAUCGACGUGGCACUCACAGGCAUCCCGUUGAGACUGAUCAACGGGACCGAGCUCCGAGGCAGCAGGACCAUCCGGCACAAGUGCACACUGCGGAUGGGUGGCUUGGUCACACCUCUUCUACGCGCCGUCGGCUUCACACCUGACAGAGAGGACGAGGUCGCGCCACCCGAGUGGCUCGAUCUCGAGUACCUGAGGAACAGCGUCUUCUUGCAGAAGACGUCAGACGCCAGCCGACUCCUGUACCAGUUCACCCACGUCCAGCUCGGCGUUUCCCGCAUGUUGCUCCCCAGCCCCAGCUGGACGACGAUCAGAGGUGGGACCAACGUCGAGUUCAACCCACCUCAGUCUGCUCUCUACACGGAGAUCGCUCGACCGCCAGAGACUACGCCACACCUCAGGCGACCACACACCGCGGCGAUCCAGUCACACGAGCUCGACACCAUGCAGACGGACGAGCUCGACCACUUCCACUUUGCGGGCACACCACCACUGCCAGACAGACCGCCGGCUGAAGGCGGCUCACCAGCACAUCAGCAUUCUUCAGCGGUGGAACAAGGCGCAGGACAAGAUCACCAACAAGCUGAAGAGCAAGGUGAAGAAGAUGGCUGA